GGGAGGUGUUACACCUGAGCGCGCGCAGGGACCCCCUCCCUUGAGGGGGGGAAUGACCAGUAGGUAGGUGGGUAGGCUGGCUGGUCCACACUCACUCCCCGGACGCCCACCGCCAGACACAUAGCUGAGGACCCGCCGCCAGUCCCACUACGCCCACGAGAUGCCCGCCCCAGCAGACAUGGGGCGCCGUAACGCCCUGCCCGUCCUCUAUACCAGCGGCACUUACUACGAAGUUGGCUACGACGUCGGCCGCACCUUCCGCGGCAUCAUCGAAGACUUCCUGGCUACAUGCAAGGACUUGCACGAAGACUUCCUGCCGGCCUACGAAACCUCCGAGGGCCGCGCCGCCUACGACCUCACCCUUGCCUCCCUGCAGGAGAAUUUUCCCCAGUACGUUAGGGAGCUCCAGGGCACCGCUGAUGGAGCUCAUGUCCCCUUCCACAAACUGAUGCUGCUCCACAUGGAUCAGAUCGUGCCCAAGAAUAGCGGGAAGGCACGCUCCUCCGGCACCAAUGGCUGCUCCGCCGUCUGCGUCAACCACGAGGGACAGGUGUUGUUGGGACACACUGAGGACGCCCUGCCGGAGAACCUCAACCACACGUAUAUGGUGUCUGCCCACAUCACGGAGGCAGAGCCGCAGGGCAAGUGGGGCAUCCGUAGCGAGGGCUUCACUGCCUACUGCUACCCCGGCCACCUGCCAGGCUACUGCAUGGGCUACAACCAUCACGGUCUCGUCUAUUCCAUCAACGCCCUCUACCCACAGACUGUCCUGGCUGGCAAAACCCCUCGUCAUUUCUUGUGUCGGGCGCUGCUGUCGGCCAAGACGAUGGAGAAGGCUCAGCAGAUCUUGAGGGACCGAGGAACGGGGUCAGCUGAUGGCUUUUGCGUGAACAUGAGCUUCACCAUGCAGGAAGGUGACCACCUCUUCCACAAUGCCGAGGUUGGCCCCGCCGUUAACAGCAACGAGAGUCCACUCUCCAUCCUCACCAUCAGCCCAGGCGAACACCUCCUGCAUACUAACAAGUAUCUCCGUCUGAGCAUCCCAGAGGUGGAUGGACUGAGCAUAAAGAGCAGCAACCACCGUCACACCCGUGCCCUGGAAUGUUGUGCACCAGAGACUCGUGCCACCCUCCUUGCCCUCCUCUCAGACACUCAUGACGUCACAUACCCUUUCUUCAGAGAGGGUGGUGAACCGGACUUCGUCAAAACAGUGGCUGUAGGUGUGUUUGACUUGCUGGAGAAGACGUGGGCAAUCUGGAUGAAGAAUCCACGAACGGCUGACCCGCUCCUGACACUGCCUCUCCUCUUCACUUGGAAAGACUAAGUUGGUAUGGACACUUUACUUUUACUGAUGCCAUCACCAACACCUAUCUCUAGAAAGCCCAGUCAAUGCUGCUAGUGUUGAUAUACCAUUUGUCUGUUAGGUAUCCUCUUAUGAAGUGACAAUUAUUCAACAUUAAUAUUUAAAUUUUUCUGUUGCAUUCAAUGUCAUUGCAAACAUAUGAUGUAGAGUUCAUCACGUCGUUAUAUUAUCAAACGGACUCCUUUGGGGCAACAAAUUUAGAUUGUAUAUAGUUAUUUAUUGCAUUUUAGUUUACUGUACCUGAAUUUACUUGAGGGGGUCUCUGAGAGGGCCACAUCUCUAGGGGCUUCAGUGGGAGGCUCCAUUGUUCUUGGUUUUUCCAGUUGUAUUUUGAUCUAGAGUACUUUGUUAGCAUUCAUGGCUAUAGCAGGUUGGAAAGUUCAUGGGUUUAUUACCCUGUAGGUAGAAAAAGUAUAUCCUAUUUUCUAUACUACAUUGUGGCUUGUUGAGCUUGAAGUUGCUGCCCCUUGUGCAAGUUACAUUGGACCUAUUAAAAAGUGAUUUUAUAAAUAUAUACAGGUACUGUACAUAUAAUAUAUUUAUAUUUAUUUAUUAUCUUCCAAUUUGUUCAGUAUUUUGUCUCGAUGAGAUCUGCCUUGUUUGGUUGGUAGUCUUAAGACCCACAACUUUUCCUGGUAUUUGAGUUAACUUGGUUUUGGGAUGAGGUCUCUGUGCUUGAAUACAGUAGUCCAUAUUGAUGCCCACCAAAGAUUUGUAUAACUGGAUAACCACAUUCUUUUCCUUGAAAUCAUAGGUUAAUUUUAUUAUGUCUUAGGGCUGGUUGGCUUAUUUGCUACACCUCCUACUUACUGAACAUCAAUGCAAUUUAAACUAAAUGGUUCCAGCAUAAAAAGAUCCCAGACAUUUUAUUAAAGUGGGUCAUCAGACCUAACACUGAUCACCACAUCAUUGUCAGAGGAUAAUUGUACUAGUAAUGUACUAGUAAAGAUUAGACAUAGUUCUAGUUCUGUUAUAAGAAAAUUAUUGUUUCUUAAUAAUAAAAAAUAAGAAUCAUGAA